GUGGCUGAUUGGACGAGGCCGAGAGAAAUUGACAGAACAGAACGCUUUUUUUGGGACGAGAACGAGAUCGCCGGGCAAAGUUGCCCGUGGGUUGUUGUGGACUGGAUUUAUAUCAGAGUGUUGAUGUGUAGUGUUUUGUUUAUGAAUUAAAUCUGUUUUUAUUUAGUUAUUUUCGUUCUAUAUCAACAUCGAAACAAACGAAGCUCAAGGUCAAUUAUCUACAAUUUUUUUACUAAGAGGUCAAAGUUCCAGGGACGCCGUCCGAAGCGGCUCUAUAAACUUAAAACAAAUGAGCAGGAGGAGUUUAUGAGAGCGGUUUGCGCGACGCAUGCGCGGGGUGUGGGGAACGAUGGUGCGCGAGCGGCUGGCGGCGUGUGCGCUGCUGCUGCUGUGUCCACUGGCGCUCAGCCGGCACGAUGACGACUUCGCUUUCGACAACAGCGAGGAAUUUCAGGUGGAACUGACAGCGAAUCAUUCAGAAAUAGCAAAAAAUGGCCUAAGAAGGUUAUGGGGUGUGCCUGACACGUCGGCCUAUGUGGGACACCUCUUCCGAAUGGAAAUCCCUAAAGAAGCGUUCUCCGGAAAAGUGCAAACUUAUAAGGUUCGAAGCGAAGACGGCAGACGGACACCGAGCUGGCUGGCGGUAGACUCUCGGCACGGGCUGAUCAGCGGCAUACCCCAACAUGAGGACCUGGGCGCGCACACCUUCACGGUCACCGCCCACGGGCGCACACAUGGGCUCACCGCCACUGACUCCUUCACCAUCGAGGUGAAGAAAGCUGAUGAGAAGCCUCACUCAAAGUACGGGAGCUGCAAAAGUGGGGAGAACAGGCUGGUGUUGACCAUCCUGGUGGACGGGAACUUCCACCAGAUCGCGCCCCGACAGAGGAUACGAGCGCUCAUGGAACUCGCCAACUUCAUGGCUUUAGAUGGGGAUGAGUUCUGGAUGGAGCCUUACAAGGCGGAUGCUGCGCGUACGCAGACCGUGCUGAUGAGCGGCGCCGGCACCACGCAGCGCAGACGCGGCGACGCCACCAGCGCCAUCUAUCUCAACGUGGGCUGCGGCGAGAAAAUGUGGACGCGGCAUAAAGUGCUGGUAUCAGGUCUGCGGGAGCAGUCUCGAGAUGGGACGCUGGCACACACUGUACGCCUGCCCGUGCUGGGCUGGCGGCUCGUGUCUCUCAAGCCGCUGCCGAGGGCCAAGCGACAGUCGCCCCUGGACGACGGGUCGGGCACGUACGACACGUACGACGGCGAGGACGACGGCGGCGACUACAGCGGCUACGAGGACGACGACGAUGAAGACGACUACGGGCGCAUCGAUAUCGCCGAGCCUGAUCCAGAUGACAAGGUGCAAAUAACGCCGUUCUCUGAGUCAGCAUCAGAAGCUAGUAGUGUCAACUUGACACACUUGCCUCUGCCGGUGAACCCUCGUCGCAUCGCCGGCCACGGACCCAUAGACAUUGUGCCGGAGGAACCUACGACAGAGCCCGAGAUGCAGACCGUUAUAAUACAAGCAUCCAACGAAAUCCCUCCAUCGCCUUCGUCGCCCGAACCGCCCACGCCUCCCCCUACAACCGCCGAGACUAUCCCGUCGGCGACCACGAUGGACGUGCCGAUUGUGACCACGCCGACGCCGGUGACCAUUCCUACUACCGCGCCACCACCGCCGACCACAGUCGUAACUGUUCCUACCACAGUGCCCGCUACUGUGCCCGUAACGGAUAGCACUGUUGAGGAAGUCACGCAGCAGGAAACAGCGGCUUCAACGGAACGUACAAGCACCAUAUUCGGUCGCACCACAGAAACUGUCACAUUUGCUAUGCCUGUCAACCAGCCACCGACUUUGAAACAUCACAUGAAGAAACUCGCCAUCACUGCUGGCAAGGCCUUCAGAUAUAUAAUCCCAGCGGACCUGUUUACGGAUCCUGAAGAUGGAAGUAACCUGACGUUCACUAUGUACGAGGCGGAAAAUGUUCCGCUCAGCCGCGACUCCUGGAUACAGUUCAUACCUAGCAACAGAGAGGUGUAUGGCUUGCCACUAGAGGCUCACGUAUCUCGCUGGAACUUCAUCGUUGAAGCUGUAGACAGCGAGGGUCUCUCAGCACGGGGCCCACUAGACAUCACAGUCCAACAGCACAAGAGCGGACGCACUAUCAACCACCAGUUCGUCAUGCAAUUCAAACUCAACAAGGAAUACCAGAAUACCAUCGGUUGGCAGAUCAGAGUGCUGGAAGGCAUUGUCAAUCUAUUCAGAUACACUGAUAUGGAGAAGCUAACAGUGCUCAAUGCGACGCAGAAUGGAGAUAUGUGCGAGUUCGUGUGGACCAAUGAUACGCUGCCGAAGGACGUAUGCCCUAUAUAUGAGAUCCAAAGGCUUAUGACGAUAAUGCUAUCAGAGACAGAACCGGACACACCAUCCAUGGGUCUGAUCAAGGUGAUGUCUCCGGAGCUAUCCGUCAAGUCCGUGUCAGUGCGAGGCAUGACCCAUUGCGCGCCCGCCCCCCCUGCCACUAAGUCACCCGACACGUACCCACCCGUGGCACGAAACCAGGUCGAUAUCAUCACGCCUGUUGUUGGACAUCUGCUCGUCUACAAAGUGCCUGAGGACACGUUCUUCGAUCCAGAAGACGGUGACACUCGCAACCUGAAGCUGUCUCUCCGGUACAGCGAUAGCUCCGAAAUCCCUGAAGGUCACUGGCUGCAGUUUGACGCCAAGAACCAAGAGUUUUACGGGCUACCCGCCCCUAGCGAUGAGGGCUCUAUCAAUUAUCAACUGAUCGCAGAAGACUCGAGCCAGAAGACGGCCUACGACAGUUUGAUGGUGGACGUGGUACGAGCGCCGACGAUCCGACCGACUGUAGAGUUCCAAAUGACUAUGGAGUACCCAUUCCCGAUGCUCGCUUACAAUGCGAACAACAAGAGGAAGGUGGUCGAGAAGCUCGCUGCACUAUUCGGUCAAACCAAGACUGAUAACAUCAGGAUUCAGAGCAUCACUGAUAGUCCUACUACUAUUAUUUGGUACAACACAAGCCUGCCAAUGGAUCGGUGUCCGAAGCGAGAGAUAGAAGAGCUGCGUCGCAUGAUCAUUGCGGACGAGCGAGGUUCGCAAGGAGGCGCGCUCAAGGAGAACGUCGACCAUGUCUUCGACAAAGACUUCAAAGUCAUGUCCAUUAGGCUGAUCCCGCUAGGCUUGUGUGCCGACCAGAACACCAAGAUUAUGAACAAGGCCCCUCCAAUACAGAUGAGCCCACCCAACACCCAAGCGCCAAAGGGCGCAUCAUGGGCCGUGCUAGGCAACUCGGAGUACAUCGUCGUGUUCAUCAUCCCCGCCGUAGUCAUCGUGUGCAUGAUUGUAGUCGCUGGGAUCAUCGCGUAUGUCUUGUACAGGAAGCGGAGGACCGCAGGUAAAAUGAGCGUGGGUGACGAAGAGGAGCGGCAAGCGUUCCGGUCUAAGGGCAUCCCGGUGAUAUUCCAAGACGAGCUGGAGGAGCGCGGGGACUCGGAGCCUGUCCACAAGAGCCCUGUUAUUAUGCGGGAAGAGAAGCCGCCUCUGCUGCCGCCCGCGCCUGACUACAGGUCCAGCGGCGAGGACGCGCCGUACCGGCCGCCGCCGCCCUUCGCCGCGUCGCGCACCCCCCCGCGGCCCAAGGCCACGCCCACUUACAGGAAACCGCCGCCGUACGUGCCGCCUUAAGACAACACUGCCUCAUAUAUUAAGCUAUAGUUCAUAGUCAGUCCCCUACGAUACCCUUACGACCGUCAUUAGUUCGUAAUAAGUCACUACGAAAAUCCUCAGGAUACCAGCUUAGAGCCAUUUAUUUCCAAACGAAUGAACUUUGAAAGUGUUUAACUUUGGAAAUCGGUUGUAUGAUAUGGCUCUAAGCGCGAAGACAAAUUUUCCGUUUUCAUCGCGCUUGUCUAGCGUAAAAAUAGGUUGUGAAGGAGAAGUUAUACUAUUAUUUCAAUUUUCAUUUAAUCCUGAGGGUUUUUAAGCUGACUCUUCCGUACAGCGCCAGUGUUAGCGCUAAGUGAUAUGGAAACUUAUGGAAAACUACAACGCAUAGAAAUGAUAAUUGUUUAAACUAUUGGUAAGGGUUGGUGUUUGUAAUGAACUUUAGGCAACUUCGCGAAUCACUAGUCGUCCCAUGUAACUUUCAUUUUUAUCCAAUAUUUACUUAAUUUACUAAACCAUUUAUUCUAAUUUUCAUCGGCUUCGAAUUACUUUUUUUUUAAUUUCGCCGAAAUAUAAAAUAAGCAUUUACAUAACGAAAGUUAUGAAAGAAAUGCAUUUAUUAAAUUUAAUAAGGGAACCUCGUUGAAACAAGGAAUUGUUCACAGUUACAAUGUGACUACGAAUUUCUUAUAGUUAACUAGCAUGUGAGAAAUAGUUGUAACAUGGUAUGUUAUGGUGUUUCAAUUAUGUAAAAACUGGAGACUUCACAAUAAUAUAGUUGUAUCUAGUAUUGUUGAAGUAGAUAAAAGUUACAUUAGAUAUUAGAGUAAGGCGGAGCGUAACGAUUCAUUUUUAUACGAAAAGAUGCGUUCAGAUAUGACCCUAUCAUAUUUUGCGGCUAUCACGAAAGCCUUCACAUACGAAUGAGCUCAAAAUAAUGCAGCUAUUAAUGCAACUAAUAUUUACGGCUCAUGUUUCAACGCAUCUCGACCAUAAUGCAUUUCUACCAUUAACGAAAUGUCUACGAAUGUAAUAAUGUUGGCAAUACUGUCAAUUAUAAACAGUCUUAUUUAUUUACUAACGAAUAUAAUAAAGGUGUUUGGCUAAACGCGUGCCAUUGUUUCAAAAGAUUGUUAUCUAAUAAUGUAAUUUAAAUACACAUAUCGGAAAUGUAACGUUUUAGCCUUUAGCGUAGAUCUUCCAUACACGAUGUAUCUUUAAGUAGCGAGUGUGUGAGACAUUGGAGUUAUUUAGUAUAGGUGCUAUGAACAAGGCGCCGACCUGUAUGUGGCCCUGUUUACACGCAGGCGAGUAACUUGAGCAGCUAUUGAGUUGUGAAUAGUACUAAAUACUUAAAUUAGUAAUAAAAAAAUAAUUUAAUCCGGGUACAGGUACUUAUCAAUUUGAAAUAUUAAAACUGCUAUUGCUAAAGAAUAGUUCAUGUUGAGCUUAACGCCCAUACGAAUUCUGGGACCGCGAUAUUUAUGUGUGGGACUUGUGCUGCGUGUAAACAAGCCGGAAAAUACGCUAUUGCAUGGAUUGGAUACUAGACAUGUACACUAUUACAUUGAUUGUAACAAAUUAUACAACUGACUCUAGUUCUAGGCUACGAAUAGAUAUUUUUAAGAAUGAAAUAUCAUUUUGUACUUGUCUAAAUAUUACCAUAGGUGUUAAGGUUAACAAAUUGUGUAAACUAUAGGGACUUGAACGAAAUGAGCUAUAUAUAAUAACUUUUUCCUUUGGAUGUAUUUUUUUCUACAGUUUACUCAUUUAGAAUUUUGCAUUUAUAGAUCUUUUUAGUGUUAUUACUAUACAAUUUAUAGAACCACUUGUAAAAUGUUUAUUUUCCUUCUUGGCAGUUUUGUUCGUAAUAAGUACUUAAGUCCAAUGUGAACCGAACCAUUACUUCAUUUUGCGAGACUUAUUUUUUAUUUAAAUAUAUACUUUCAUUAAAAUGCGCACAUAAUUUAUGUAAUUAAUGAGCUUUUAUUUUUAAAUUAAAUAAAAUGGUCUAGUGUA